AUGAUACAAAACGUGAAGCUUAAAAUCAAGCAGAGUGAAGGCGUUCAAGAGAUGGCAUGGAAGAUUAAGUCAGCAUCACGAGGAACGGAUCUGAGCCUGAGAAGUUGCCACUGCAUCUCGGAUGUCAUGAUUGGGCAAGUAUCCACCAUGACGCGCCUCAAGGGCAUUGAAGUGGACGCUUGCUCAAGCACCUCUACAGGCUGCCACGGCUGGAGAAGUUAG